CAGCACGCAGGGCCGGGCUGCAAGAGCAAGAAGGCAAGAUGUUGUCGAGGCCAAAGCCUGGGGAGUCCGAGGCAGACCUGCUGCACUUUCAAAACCAGUUCCUGGCAGCCAGAGCUUCACCUGCAGUGAAGAUUGUGAAGAAAGCAGACAAGAGGAAGGGGGCGGAAGGGAGCACAGAUGCUAAGAGACUCUCGCUACAGGACAGCAAGGAUGUAGUCAUGUUGGAUGAUUUUCCUGAUAUUCUCCCAGCUCUAACUCCAGCUCCUCCAAAAAAGUCCAAGAUCAAAAGUGCCUGUGUCCACUUCGAGGAUGAAGAUCCAGAGGAAAGACUGGAAAGUCAUGAUCAACACAUUACAGCAGUCUUCAGCAAAAUUAUUGAACGAGAUACGAGUGCAGUAGCAGUGACCAUGCCAGUGCCCUCAGGAGACCCAUUUCCAAGGACAUUUCACCGCUCUGAGAUAAAAAGUGAGGUGAAGGUGGGAUCUGGAAGAAAAAGCAUCUUUGCACAAAAGAUGGCAGCGAGAAGAGCUGCUGAAAAGGCAGCAACAGCUCCCUCUGCUGCUGAGUGCGUGCAAAUAAGAUCAGCUGCUCCGGCUGACCUGGAUCCUGAGGGAUCAGCAGAAGAGGCACCUCUCCCCAGCAUCAGGGAUGAUAAAGCUGGUGACUUUUUGACCUCUCAGCGGCCUUGUCUCAUAACGGGAGAGGGUCUUGGAAGCCAAAAGAGUGAGCAGGAAGCUCAAGCUAUUCACAGAGAGAACUUGGAGAAGCUGCGGUCCAUGUCUGAGGAAGAGAUCCUACAGGAGCAGGAAAGGCUUCUGGCUCAGCUGGAUUCCAGUUUAGUUGCUUUCUUAAAGUCACGAUGUGGUGGCAGUGAAGGCCAGAAAAAGGAAUUAAAAAUGGAACAGAACAGACUGGAGGAGUGUUUGGAAUCUCUGCCUGUGGCUCAGCAUGGUGCAGGAUCAUCUCUUUCCACUCAGGAGUCGGGUCUGGAAGAAUCUGUAAGGAAGGAAGAAAAUACGAAGGUAGAAAUCACAGAUGAUGAUCUGCCUGUGAAGCCCAAGAAGGAAUGGAUUCACAUGGACAAUGUGGAGUUUGAGAAGCUGGAAUGGAUGAAAGAUUUACCCUCACCUCGGCAGAAGAAAACCAAAAAGGGAAUGCAAGCUCGAUUCAGUUUAAAGGGAGAAUUAAUUCCUGCAGAUGCUGAUUUACCAACACAUCUAGGCCUGCAUCACCAUGGAGAAGAGGCAGAGAGGGCUGGUUAUUCUCUCCAAGAGCUCUUUCAUUUGUCUCGCAGCCAAGUUAUUCAACAGAGGACACUGGCUCUACAGGUCUUGGGUCGUAUUGUUCAAAAGGCCAAGGCUGGAGAGUUUGCUUCCUCCUUGAAGGGCAGCAUUCUGCGUCUGCUGCUUGAUGCUGGGUUUCUCUUUUUGCUGCGCUUCUCACUGGAUGAUGCAGUGGAUAACGUCAUGGCAGCAUCUGUUGGUGCUCUCCGGGCUCUGCUGGUGUCACUCGAUGAUGAGAAAUAUCUUGAUUGGACGUUCUCAUGGUAUCAAGGGAUGGCUGCAUUCCCCUUUGUCCCCAACAAUGAGGAGGAAGAAGAGGAGGAAGAGGAAGAAAUAAAUGGAACAGAGAAGUCUCAAGAUAAAAAAUUAAAAGAUGAAAACAAGCCAGAUCCAGAUGUGGCCCGAUAUGAUGUUGUAAAGGGACUUUUGAAGACACGGAUCCAGCACCGGCUGAGGUAUAUCCUGGAGGUGGUACGACCUGUUCCAACAGUAGUCCUGGAUAUAUUGCACAUCCUCACCCACAUAGCAAGGCACUCCUCUGAGGCAUGCAGCCAGCUGCUUGACUGUCCUCGGUUGAUUGACACCAUUGUCAGGGAAUUUCUCCCUACUCAGUGGGAUCCCCAAGUGGCUGAACCAGGGUGUUUACUCACCAGCCUCCAUGGAGUUGCUUGCGCCACUGCUAUGAAGUUCAUCAGAGUGUUGGCAUCUGGAGGCCGAAAUGCAACAGCCAGGCUGCUUAACAAAUUUGAAAUGAAAAGUCGGUUAAGUCGAUUUAUAGCUGAAGACCCGCUGGAUCUGCUCCUGCCCAGGGAAGAAGCCAUCAGGCUGAGCACCGAAGCCUUCCGGUUGUGGGCUGUGGCGGCUGGCUAUGGUCAGGCCUGUGAUCUCUACAGGGAUCUCUACCCUGUGCUGGUGAGGAUACUGCAGUCCCUGCCUGAAUUGCUCAACACUUGCCGUGGGAAGAGCCCUAUGAUUGAGUUGUCUGUCCAGCGAGCUACGGCAGUAGUUACUUUGCUAAUACACGUGACGCAAACAGCAGGCUACACAGCAGAGCUGCAGGCCAAGCUGAGCAGUAACAACUUAGAAGAUAGUGAACAGAUUCCACCUCCUCCAGUAACGUGGAAUCAAGUGUCAAGCUUACAGCCCUUCCUUGAGACCAGUCUGAAAAAAUUCCUCCAGGAGAUAUCCCAGACAGAAACAUGGCAAACUCUCCAGCCUCUGACCACAACUUAUGUGAUCUACCUGGGAGUUUACUACAGUGCUUGCAGCCAACAGCCAUCAGUCAAUCCAAUCGACUGCUUAGAGGAACUGGAACGUUUGACGUCUGAGGUGCUGCAGCCCCUUCUCAGCCAGCCAGCCAUACACAGCAUGUGGGACCUGCUCAGGCCAUGUUCUGCUUUGUGCAACCCUUUGUCCUGUUCCCCAGCGCCAGAAUCUGUCUUCAACAUUGCAUCUCUGAGUUGCACUGGAGGCAAACCUCCUCUGAGCCUGGUUGGCUCCAAGUCACCUUUCCCCUUCCUCACUGCCCUCCUAUUCCUCAUCAAUAGCAUCACUCAUAUUCACAAAGGCCUGACCAGCAAGUACAGCUCUGUGCUGGGCUUCAGAGGCUUGAAGGAUUAUCUGCAUCAAAGCUGGCAGACCAGACCUCCCUCUGUAACGCCCUCAUCUGCAUGGAUCCUGCGCCAUGAAUAUCAUCUGCAGUACUUUGUGUUAGCGUUGGCUCGGAGAAUGGCAGGCACUUGUCCGGAUUAUGCCCCGCAUGCCUCACUCCAUCACUGUGUUGCCAUGGCAUUGCUAAGCCGUCUGUUGCCAGGGAGUGAGCAUCUGGUUUAUGAGGUCCUACUGGAUCUUGCCUUUAAUCCAGAGUUCCUUCCUGAAGGGAAAGCUGGAGGGCCAGAAGCAGCUGACUUCUCUGAUAUCCUGCAUCUGGGGACCAGUGCCAAACUGGCACAGCCUGGCUCUGCGGCAGCAUUUUUUUCAAAGGCUACUCGUGGUGCCCUGCUGAGAGAAUCAUACCAGAAUCUGCCUUUCAUGCGCUCCUGCUACCUUUCUCAUUUUGUCCACUUGCAGCCUACCCUUUUGCGUUCCCAAGCAUCCUACCAAGGACGGAAUUAUCUCAUCCAGUCAAUGCUGCUUCCUGAGGUCAAAGGGCCCAUCCUCCCUUCCGACUGGCCGUUCUUUCCGCUUAUCAGCCUCUACAACAAAGUGACUAAUGCAGAGACACGUGGGGCUGUACUGAACUCUCUCCCACUUGAUCUCGUCAACACUGUGACCUGGAACCUGCAGUGGGUCUUGUUGCUGGAAACCUGGCGUGCUAAAACCCUUCAGAGCAUCCCUGCUGCUGCCAAACUUGCACGGCUUAUGUGUGUCUUCCUCACAGGUGGUGACCUUUUUCUAGAAGCACCGAUCCACCGCUACACAGCUGCCCUUCUCUCUGUGUAUUGCCAAUCCAAGGCAUUGGAUUCACUGAACUUGGAUGCUCCUCUCCCUGGUUUGGCUUCCUUCCACGAUCUCUAUAUAAGUCUCCUAGAGCAGUUUGAAGGUGUCUCCUUUGGAGAUCCACUCUUUGGAGUCUUUGUUCUUCUACCUCUACAGAAGCGUUUCAGCGUUCAUCUACGUCUCUCUGUUUUUGGGGAGCACACAAGUAUCCUGCGGGCACUGGGAGUGCCGCUCCAGCAGUUUCCUGUGCCUCUCGAGCGAUACACUUCCCCUCCUGAGGAUAACCUGAAUCUCCUGCGACUCUACUUCCGAACACUGGUCACUGGCGCACUGCGCCACACCUGGUGCCCUGUUCUUUACGUGGUGGCUGUGGCUCAUGUGAACAGCUUUAUUUUCUCCCAAGACAGCACAACACAGGAGACUGAUGCUGCUCGGAAAAGCAUGCUGCGGAAGACAUGGCUGCUAGUGGAUGAGACCUUGAAAAAGCACCUACUCUACUACAGGCUGCUGAAUGCAGAGAGCCCUUUGGGAUUUGACCUUUAUGAGCAGCUCCCUCCCAUGAGACUAAAGUACCUGCAGAUGGUGACACAGAAAGAAAAUAAGGAGAAUGCACCAGCGCUAGUCUCAUAGCAAAACACUUGUGCAAGAAGAGGGCCAAGGGGAAGAAUGGAAGAGCUCAGCUUAUGCUUUACUGAUGAAACUAUGUGCACUUCAGACAGUUUCAGUGUCUUACCUGGACACUCUUGGCGUCUUUGCAAAGUGAAGCACUAGUAGAAUGCUCCCAGCCCUGCAGAACAAUACACAUCAUCUCAAGAUAUGGCAAUAUGUAUGUGUGGCCUCUCCAUGAUGAAUGCUGGAGCAUUUUCCUCCAUUCUCUUUCAGGUUGUUCUGCUUCUCCCGGAGAAGGUGAGAAUGUGUCUGAGAGGCACAGGACUGUUGAAUAAACUGA